AUGGGUGUUCUUAAUGUUAUUGGAGUUACAGCAGUUCUACUGCUAUUUUUCAUAAGCAUGCACUUGUCCGAGGCUGGCAGGAUGUUGCAUAACGAGGAAGAAAACUCGACGACGAACAAACUUUUUGUUUUAAUGGAGUCGAAGCAGAACGCUGUUCAUCCCCCUCCCGAUGGUCCUAAUCCGCGCACCAACAUGCCUAGUCCUACGACUCCUCCUAGUGGUCAUGCUGCUUCAACCAUUAACCAAAGAAACUUUGCAGGCCACACUACUAUAGAAAACUCGACGACGAACAAACUUUUCGUUUUAAUGGAGUCGAAGCAGAAGGCUGUUCAUCCCCCUCCCGAUGGUCAUAAUGAGCACACCGGCAAGCCUGGUCCUGCGACUCCUACUAGUGGUCACGCUGCUUCAACCAUUAACCAAAGAAACUUUGCAGGCCACACUACUAUAGAAAACUCGAUGACGAACAAACUUUUCGUUUUAAUGGAGUCGAAGCAGAAGGCUGUUCAUCCCCCUCCCGAUGGUCAUAAUGAGCACACCGGCCAGCCUGGUCCUGCAACUCCUACUAGUGGUCACGCUGCUUCAACCAUUAACCAAAGAAACUUUGCAGGCCACCCUACUAUAGAAAACUCGACGACGAACAAACUUUUCGUUUUAACGGAGUCGAAGCAGAAGGCUGUUCAUCCCCCUCCCGAUGGUCCUAAUCCGCACACCAACAUGCCUAGUCCUACGACUCCUCCUAGUGGUCAUGCUGCUUAA